UUUAAUUAAAAUAUUCUCAAAUUCGUUUGAGUGUUUCACUUCAAACACUUGAUGUUAGAAUUAAUUUGUUAGCUGUUUUUUACAAGAAAUUAUUUUGUUAAUUUAAUUGAUCAUAGUUGUUUACAAAAAAUACAAUUCAAUAAUAUUAUACAAGUAUAAUUCUAUUUUAUUAACAACCUCUUGCUGGCGUUUUAACUGUUUCAAACUCAGUAGCACAGACACUUUUAUACCAAAGGCGUGUCUGAUGUCCGACAUGACACACUAGGACAUGUGGUUACAUUCAAUAAUUUUAUUUUCUCAAAUUAUUAUGGGUCAAGGGCACUGGUUAAGGAAUCUAUAAAUAGAAAUUUAUGUCUUGGAAAUAUAAGCUGUCACUUUUUAUUAAGUAAUAAUUACAUUACUUUUUAAUAAAAACUUACUUCAUUUGGUGCUUAACCAAUGCCCCAGGGGCCCUGGUUAACAUUCUCCUUAUUGACGUGUCAGUAUCGUGUCCUGGUUUGUGUCGCUGCUUCAGUUGCAUCGAGUUUUUCAUGCUUGUACUUCAGAAAUCUAUGGCUUGCUUUCUUCCAAUUGCAGGUGAGUAACUAUAUAGCUAUAGAUAAAGUUCAUGCGUGGACUUGUUGCAUUUCUACUGCUGCGUGCGAAAAACAGAUUUAAGCCGGUGUACCAAGUGAAUGGAUCACAGGGUAUAUUGGCACCUAAGAAACAAGAAAAAGAUGAAUCUGGCGAGAUGGGGCUAGCUACUAAAGAGAUGAAUGACCCAAUAGUCGCCCAUAGCCGGCCUCCACCACUUCCUCCUGUUAUAGGAUCGUUGGUUGCACUCUCGUUGUUGGAUACAUGGUGGAACCGCAGCACCGAUGAGGACAGCAAGUGAUGUGAGAUAUCAUAGCCUCUACUUAAAUAUAGUCUUAGAAAUAAACAUCGCAGCACUGAAUGCGUAGCUUAGCAAUCGUAUCAUGAAGCUCCAUAGCUUUAUGUAGCUAUCUAGUAGUGGAUUAAGGAAAGGUGCUACAAGUAUAUUGUAAAUUUUCAUUAUCCAUAUUAGUAUUGCAUGAGGUCUUCGUAAGAACCCUGCAGGAACAUGCAUGUAUGUUAAUGGAUAUUUUUGGGUUGAUUUAGAGUCAAUGAAAAACCUAUAAACCAUGUUUAACUCA